AUGCCACGGAUUCUCACGAUAUCUGCUUUUUUGGCUAUCAUUGGAGGUAUUUUUUGUUCUUUUUUUCAGAAAUGAGCUUGAAAAAUGUUAAGUUACGUUUUCUUCUGAGCAAAAGGAUCAAGAAGCGAGCGAAUGUCUGAAGAAAUGUCUGACGCCGAUGGUUCAACUCGAUCGCUCUUUUACCUACGUUUUCAAUAACUUCGAAAAGGUAAGUCUUCUGAAAGUCGUGAAAAAUGAGCCGGAAAAAUAUGAUCUGAUUGCAUUUUAAAACAUUUAAAAAUAGAAAUCAAGCUUGAAAAAUGAGAUCAAUAGUUUUGAGAAUUUCAAAUACAUUGUUCUGUACAAAGGAUAUCUAUGUGGAACUUUUUGUUGAUUUAGAAACGGUUAUUGUUUUCUGUUCUUUAGACACGCUAUUUAUUUUUUUGAAUUCAUGUUUAUGUAAUAUCUCAACUGUAAACGUAAUUUUUUUUUUCCAUUUUCGCAUCUUUGAACCCCGUGUACCUUUUUAAAUCUUGGAAUUAAGGUAUGUGACAUGCUCGAGGAUGGAGCUUUUUGUGCUCGAAAGUGCACACAGGAAGACCAGCGAAAGUUUUACCAAUACACCACGUUCUACCGAAUUCACUGCGUGGAUUAUGAAGAAGGUUUUUUUCGAAAUUUCGAAUUGAACUCGAUUUCAGAAAAUAAAUUUUCUGAACUUAUCUGAGACUUGUGCUUCUUUUGCAGUCUCUACAAGCUAUUUGAAUACAACCUGAAACAGUUUUUUCGCUUGCAAAUUUUUUUACAACUUUUUCUUUUACAGAACUUCAAGAGCAUCUGAGUUGCAUUGCGAAGGCGGCGGCAGAAGCGGACCUUGGUACGUAAAAGUGGCGGCAGAUAAGAUGAUAACGAUAACAGCUUUUCAGUUUGCAAAGACCGAUGCAGAAACGCCCACAAAGUCGAAAAAACCGCGUCGAAAGAAUCAAAAAUGAAAUCCGAAUGUCUGUACGUAAAAAAAAGACCUUCUUAGAAAAUGGUUGUAAUGUUUCCAGAACGUUGGAGUGCUCGACGGUUUGCUAUUUCGAAGAAUUGGCGGAAGAAUGUCCUGAAGCCAAAGAUGUUUUGUUGGUAAGAAAAUGGGGAAAAAAAAAGAAAAAAGAACUCAAAAUUGACAGAAAACGAACAUUGGCCAGGUGCAUUCUAUGGCCCAAGGCAUUCAUCCGCUUUCCAUCGAGAAAAUGGAGCCAGAAUGCCGGAAUCUGCAUGACACUGACUACAUGCGACAACGACUUCUUGCUCCUGCUUUCGAUGUCAUCAGCGACACCGAAAAAAAGAUGAUUGAGCAGAGCUCUAAAAACUUUUAA